AGGACUCUACCAUUGGCAGUAAUCAGUGGAUUGUUUCUGUGUAUAGUCAUUUAUGUGUUGGCAAAUAUCGCUUAUUUUGCAAUUUUGUCACCUGCUGAGAUGUUAGCUUCAGAGGCUGUAGCUACAACGUUCACACAAAAGACUCUGGGCGACUUCUCAUACGCUAUGCCAGCGAUAGUUGGUGUUCUAAUGACCGGAACAAUCAAUUCGGAUGUGUUUAUGUUCAGUCGCUUCAUGUUCGCUGGUGCGAGGAGAGGUGAUAUGCCAACAGCGUGGGCACUGAUGAAUGAGGAAAAUGAAAGUCCACGAGUCACUGUUCUACUUCAUUACAUGAUCGUUUGUGGAAUGCUACAGCAAUGUUUCGUCGUUAGCGCUUUGCUGUAUAUUCGCAUUCGGAAAGUACCCGUUCAUAAGGAUGCUAUUAGAUUUCCAUUGAUUGUGCCCAUAACACUGCUGAUAAUCUCGGCUGCACUAGUGAUAAUUCCGUGUUGGAAUGACUGGGUGGCUGCGGUGGUUGGAUUUGGAGUGGCGUUAUUCUGGUUGUGUGUGUACUUCAUUCGUGAAUGGACAUUCCCUCUUAAACCAGUUGUCUAUAUUAACGACGUAACAACAAAAUUCUGCCAGCGACUGUUUUGGUGUCAAGUGGUCACAUAUGAAGAAGCAGUCAAAAACGAGCAUUUAAAGUCUGAUCACGAUAUCAAAAAAGUUGACAAUACAACCGAAGAACAACGUGCUAAUACGGUGGAUACGCUAUCGACUGAAUCGUAA